UCCAUGGGCUGACUGAACAGAAACUGCGAUGAGGCAUACUUUGAGCAUGACCUAAAGGACAGGGCAGAGUGUGUACAGCUCCGUGUUGACGGGUGAGAGGGAGGCAGCAGGCACCAGCAGAGACCCUGAUAUUCGCUCUUCAGGCACACGCGGGCAGAAUUGUUAUUCAAUUUCUUCCUGGAUCUGAGACUGACAGAUUUUCUCGAGGAGACUCUGGGGCUUCAUUCCUGCCAGCAUGAGAGGGUCAGCGAGCGGACGGGACCCACAGCACAGCCUCUGAGCCCUCAGCAGAACCUCACAGCAUCCGGACCACAAACAGGUGCGCUGUCACAGGUGAGAUGGGCUGUGGGCUUCGGAAGCUGCGCCGCUCGGAUGAGAGCAGCCCAGGUAAAAUCUACUCCACCCUGAGGCGGCCGCAAGUGGAGACCAAGGUGGGCGUGGCCUACAGCUACCGCUUCCUGGACUUCCUGCUGGGGAGUGCAGUAGAGGUCCCCGGGUCGUCCACGCCGUGCCUGUCCUCCGUCAGAGAGCUCCCCGGCCAGCUGCAGGACCUGUACCAGCAGGGCUUCGUCCUGGCUGCCCUGCACCCCUUCGUCCACCCCUGUGGGCCCCCCCCAGCCAGCCUCCAGCGCCAGCUCCACCGGGCGGUGCUGAUCCGCCUCUCUGACAGUGUGGAAGAGUGUGAGUCUCUGCGGCUGGAGAUGGGGGUGUGUCAGUCGCCAGGGCCAUUCCCCGACACAGAGCUGGUGCAGGGCUACGUGAAGAAGGUGCAGGAUGCAGCGGAGCAGGGUGCGAUGUUCGUGGGGUUUGUGCAGCAGGUCGCCUUGGUGCCCGGGCAGGGGGAGGGUGAGGACCUCUCCCUAUCCCUACACUCCAGCCCCUCCUCCAUCCUGAGGGACGAGCCCGACCGGGACCAGAGCUCAGAGACGCCCAGCAGGGCUGAGGCCCGGGACCACAGGGCAGAGUCUGAGACUGGAGAUGGUUACCAGGAUACGAGCGAUCCAGACCGGGAUAUCACUGACCCAAACCAGGAUACGAGCGAUCCAGACCGGGAUAUCACUGACCCAAACCAGGAUAUUACUGACCCAAACCAGGAUAUUACUGACCCAAACCAGGAUAUCAGUGACACAAACCAGGAUAUCAGCGACCCAAAUCGUGAGGUCCUGCAGAACCACGGCCAUCUGAGUCCCAACAACAACUGGGUCAAAAGCCCGCUUGGAGAGGAGGAACGGACCAGACCCACCACCCUGCUGAACAGGGUGGAGCUCUUCUCCCUGUUUAACCACCUGGGGGCGCUGUGUCCCGACCUGGUGAGGUACUAUACCGUGAAGGUUCCGCUGCACCUGGUGUGGCGGGACGAGGCCAUCAGGCAGGUAGAUGCCACCUGGUUGGAUCACAUGACCCAGCACUUCACCAGCGGCGCCUCACUGGUGGACGGCUACUUCCACCUGGGGAACAGCACCUGCAGCGAUUCCCUGCCGGACACGGUGGAGAGUGUGUUCAUCUUCCAAGAGGGGGCGGAGGUGGGCCCCCCCACAGCGUACGAUGCCAUUGUGGUGGAGCAGUGGACCAUCAUCCAUGGGGUGCAGGUGAAGGCGGAUUAUGUGCCUCUGCUGCAGUCUUUGGCUCUGUACGGAUGGAGACUCACCUGUGUGCUGCCCACCCCCAUCGCCAACACCAACAGUGAUGGAAGUGUGUCCACUAAACAGAUCCUCUUCCUCCAGCGACCUGUCCUGCACCGCAAAAAGAAAGACCCCAAGAGACUGAGUCUGGGAGUGUGGAGCAGGCCCGGCAGGAACUGUGGCAGAGACGCACAGAAGAGCCAAUCCAAGGAGAAGGACCGGGACACAGGGACAGGGGGAGACGGGGGAGAGAGAGCGGCGAGCGAGACAGUCUGCAGGAAGAAUGACAAGAACAGGGAGAACGAGAGGAUGAGUGCAGAGAGGGAGAUCGAGGGGGAGGAGGGAGGGGGCGGGGCUGAUCAGGAGGGGUCCCCGAAGCUGGACUCAUCUGUGCAUCUGAGCAAGGAAGGCCAAGAGGGCGGGGACAACGGAGAGAGCAGGGAGGAGCCAGAGGGAGGAGUCAUCAGGCGGGGCUGGGAGGAGGCAGUGGAUGAGCCCACAGAGGAAAUCCUAGAGCAACCGAUGGAAGGGGAAGAAGAUGUACUGGGAGAAUCAGCCAAUGAGAGCACUGGAGAGGUGCCAGAACCAGUACAGCCAGCUACAGACACGGACCGCUCCCCAGAAGCCCAGAAGCUCUGAGGUUUGAUGAAGCCACGCCCACUUGCUGCCAUUGACCCCGCCUCCGCAGCGACUCACAGGGAAAGACUCCUGUAUACCUGGGAAAAAUCACUACUCCACUGAAGGCUUUUAAAAAUGUCAGCUUUAUUUGUGAAGGCCAGUGAUAUCCUUUGUGGCAUGUGGGUUGUCACUUUUUCAGUUCUGGUUUUGCACAGGUCAGUGAUGUGGGCAUAUUACACCACUGUCUGGAAGUCACCCAGUAGAAGGUCCUGAUGUUUGUACAGCGCCCCCUGCUGUUCAUCUCCCCUGCUUACGCCUGAGGGAAUGCAGUCUUGGCUUGGAUGGACACACCAAGCAUUUCUCAUCCAUCCAAUAACACUUUCACGCGUUCAAACAUUUUAUUUUCUGAAACGUUUUCGAGAACUUACAAUUUAUGUCUAGCCUUAAAUCAAUAUGAAAGAUGUCUCAGUGAGAUAAAAUCUUCUUUUGAAGCAGCCUUUGGUGUCUUUGAGGAGUCCUGUCAGAGACAAUGGAGGCGUGUUGUGCUGGUUUACUCUGAAUCUUUCUCGUAUGUGUGUUGGUCUCACCUGUCACCUGCCUGAGUAAGGCGCAAACAGAAUAACAUGCUUUCAGUAUUUCAGUAUUACAGCAUAUAAACCAAGUCCGUGAGUAUUUUAAAGUACCUUAAAAGGUUGUUUUGUGCAGUGAGAGACGAUGUUUGUUUGCACUGUUUUGUUGCUGAUGAUGUCGAUGUGACGAUGUUAAAAACAGAAAAGCCUUGCAGCUGAGGGAGGGAGGAAGGCUCUGCUGGUAAAAUUCAGUUUUGGACUCAUGUCUGCUGUGAGGAUCACAGGGAGAGUUUGGCGUUUUGCUCUAGUCUGCUGUUUUUUUAGAAUCAGCUACAUUUGCUGUACCGUUGUUCAAAACAGGAAGAGUAAUGCGAUAUCGAACACGUAAAAAUAUGUCUGCAGUUUAGGUGUUAAGCUGCUAUAUUCAUACUCAGUAGCUCCUUUUACUGAGGCAAGUCUCAAACUGGAUGAUAACUUUUGUUGUCAGUGAGAGGAAAGACUUGGCUCUGUGUCUCACAUUUAGAUUAUAACUGUUUAUCAUUAAUAUGCAGCGGCAGAUCCGGUUAAGUAUAGCACCGCUCUCGUUCUCCUCGCCUCGUUCAGAGGUGCAGCUCUCUCCCUCCAUCACGUCCACGCUGCUGUGAUCAGCCCCCUCCAGCCUAGACCAGUGGCUGCGCACCCUCUGUUCUCUGCCACACCCCUGCCUACCAAUCAGAAAGCGUCCAGCUUCUGCAGGACGGAGGGAGAGAUCAGCGUUGAGCACAGCGUUGAGCUUCUGUAACAGCAGCAAUAAGCAGAGAGAAGUUCAUCCACACUGAGCAACGGCAACAGGAAGUCACCCUCAGGCUACCAUGACAACACAGGAAACUGUCAAAACUUCAACCAGUUCAUUGUUUCCAGGACACAGAAGUUUUUUGUUGAAUAUCUGAUGCUAAGAGAAACAGUUUCCUGUCUUCUGUAGCCUGUGCCAUUUUAACAGCCACACUGGAGCUAGAGGUGGAAUGCAGACGAAGCCCCCUGUCCAGGGGACUCUCCCCUCUGUCACCAGGGUCGAGUUUCAGGUUUUCAGUUUUACAGGUCAAAAGACGAUGGGUCUACUUUGUGCUUUCUCUCUGUACCUGUGCUUUUUUCAGACUUUAGGAACUGCACCUGCACCUGUCCCACACAAAGGGCCAUCGCCACAGCUUUAGAAGUGUCAGUGUCACA